UUCAGUUUUGUUCAAAUGACUGUUGGGACCAGAGUACCAUCACUCUGUCAUGAUGUGACUGUACCGGGAGAAAAUACUGUACAGCUUUUAUUAACACGUCAACGUACAGUGUCUUAAUGUGAAACUAAAUAUAACUGAAGAAGACAGCUACUCCCAGGGCUAACAUUAUCGUAAGCUAUUCUGUCAGACUCGACGACGAAGGAAACAACCAAGUGUUCUUUUAUGUCACACGGACGAAAUCAGUGCUCACUGGAGAAACGUCAGUGUCUUUCAAGAGGAGAGAAAUGUGUCUUGUGGACUCGGGCGUCUCGUCGAAGAAGACAUAUCAUAAGGACUAACAUCCUCAGAUUAACAGCAGUAAUGUGUUGACAUUCGCGUUGCAUCCUUAAGAUUUUUUAUGCUAACACUGACUGUAGGCUCGCGGAUGUUAGCUAGCUUUAUAUGUCGCUACAACUUGUAUUUUAGAUAGAUGACGCUUACAUUGCCCAGCAUCACCAAACAAGGUAACGUUAUUGACAUAUUAUUGUGAACAUGUUUGUAGAGACCUGCUAUGGGCAGCAGCUAUGACGCUAGGUGUAGCCCCAGGGUUAUGUCACUGUCAGGCUAACAGAUAGCUCGGUGUCUGCAGCUACUUUCAGUCUUUGCAUGGUCAUGUCCAACUGGGUUGGCAUCAUGUAAGUUAACGUUAAACUGUCCCACUAAACAGGUUAGGUGACUAGGGACACAGUGUGUUAGUGAGCCUGCUUGGAGAGUAAUGCAAAGCUGGAUUGCAGCUAUCCAACUGGGUCAAAGACUGACAGCUGGCACUGAUACAGUUUAGCUCAGGAUUGUUGUUAGCCAUGCUCACAACCGUCUGUUCAGUGUGAUAUUACAAACAUCUCAACUUAUUUAGAGGUUACGUGAAUGCAUCAUAUCCUGACUGCAUCUCUUAUUUAUGCAAUAAGGGACAACAGAGCAGCCUGACAUGAAAUAAAUCCGUAGUGCAAGAAGCAACAUUGCCAGGACUGAGAGCAUCAUUUGCUCUAGGAUAAUUUUCUGAAGAGGAGAGCAACAUUUACAGCUAUCCACCCGUGCCCAGUAUCAACCCGACCAUCAGUCCAUCACAAUGGAAACUGUGGGAGAUUUUGAGUACAGCAGAAAAGACUUGGUUGGACACGGAGCCUUUGCUGUGGUGUUUAAAGGAAGACACAGGAAGAAGACAGAUUGGGAGGUGGCGAUCAAGAGCAUUAAUAAGAAGAACCUGUCCAAGUCCCAGAUCCUUCUUGGCAAGGAAAUCAAAAUCCUUAAGGAGCUGCAGCAUGAAAACAUUGUGGCACUUUACGAUGUCCAGGAAACACCCAACUUUGUUUUCCUGGUCAUGGAGUACUGUAAUGGAGGUGAUCUCGCUGACUACCUGCAAGCCAAGGGGACACUAAGAGAAGACACACUUAGGGUUUUCCUCCAGCAGAUUGCUGCUGCCAUGCGCAUCCUCAACAGCAAAGGAAUCAUCCACCGGGACCUAAAGCCACAGAACAUCCUCCUGUCAUAUGUGGGUCGCAAGAAGUCCAACAUCAGUGGCAUCCGCAUCAAAAUAGCUGACUUUGGCUUUGCACGGUACCUCCAGAGCAACAUGAUGGCAGCCACACUCUGUGGGUCGCCCAUGUACAUGGCACCAGAGGUCAUCAUGUCCCAGAACUAUGAUGCAAAGGCUGACUUGUGGAGCAUAGGGACAGUCAUUUACCAAUGUCUGGUUGGCAAGCCACCAUUCCAGGCCAAUAGUCCCCAAGACCUGAGGAUGUUCUAUGAGAAGAACAAGAAUUUACAACCUGUCAUCCCAAGGGAGACAUCCCAACAACUUGGCAACCUUUUGCUUGGGCUGCUGCAGAGGAAUCAGAAAGACAGGAUGGACUUUGAUACAUUUUUCAGCCAUCCUUUCCUGGAGCCUUCAUCUACUAUUAAAAAAUCGUGUCCAGUGCCAGUCCCCAGUGCCUCCAGCGCAGUGACUGACAGCUCCUGUGGCAGCUCCCCAUGCAUCCGAUACAACUCCCCUCCUUCUCUUCCGGACAUGCAGACACUAGCAGAAGAUGGUCUGUCAUCCCCUCCACUCGGUUCGCCUAACUUCCUGCAGCUGUCUAAAGAGUCUGCAGGAAGCACCAGCAGUAAGAACUCGUCCUGUGACACUGACGACUUUGUCCUGGUGCCUCACAUCUCUACUGACAGUUAUGACCAGCCAAUGGGAGCGUGCCGCCGGCUGUCCAGUGAGUUCCUCAUGUGUGGAGGGCAGCUGCAGCCUAUCACCGGACAGACCCCGAUGGUAUCCCCACGGGCUGAGACCACCCCAAUCCCUGUUCCUACCCAGAUCCGUAACUACCAGCGCAUCAAGCAAAAUCUGUCUAGCAGCCCGACAACCACGCUGUACAGCUCCCCCAGGUCUGCCACUGUGAGGCGCUCCAACACUAGUCCUAUGGGGUUUCCCAAGGUGGGCUCGGGGUCCCCCAGCUCUGCAGAUAUCCCUCAGACAGUAGGCAGACGUCUCUCCACUGGCAGCUCCCGUCCCUACUCCCCUUCACCUCUUGUGGGCACUAUCCCUGAGCAGCUGGGUCACUGCUGCUGUCACCUGCAGAACCACGAGCCUCGCAGCCGCAGCUCCUCGGGAGGUUCCCCUGUCCCAUCCUCUCAACUCCUGGGGGCUCGGCUUCAGAGUGCCCCCACCCUGACUGAGGUCUACCAGACCAGGCAGAAACUCCACAAGCAGUUGUCAGACCCUGUUCAGCCCUCCUCCUCCUCCUCCUGCAGUCAUUCCCCUCAGCUCGGGCGGCCAGUCAACCUUGGCUCCUCCCCCACCAAGCUCCUGGGCUCCUCCCCCCGCACAUCUGACUGGCUGCAGAAGUCCCCGCUGCCCACCAUCAUUGGCUCCCCGACAAAGGCCAUUUCGGCGCCAUUCAAGAUCCCUAAAACACAGGCGUCCUGUAACCUGAUGGCACUGGCUGAUAGCCCUGUGCCAACCAAGACAUUGGCAGAUGCCCGGGAUAUCUGUGCCCACCACUGCAGCCCAUACCUCACCGGACGCCCGGCUGCCCCUGAGGCCACCAGGACCUUCGGCAGGUCUGUUAGUACAGGUCGUCUAUCUGAGCAGCCAAUCAGAAUCACUCUGGGUGGACAGGCCUAUCAGGGCAGCACUGACAGCUUGAAUGCAGAGCGACCCAUGGACACAGCCCCUGCAGGUCCCAGUGGCCAUGUUCCCAGUGGGUCAGCAAGUCCCCGUACAGUCCUUUUCACUGUGGGUUCACCACCAAACAGCAGCACUCCUCCUACCUGCAGCCAUCUGGGCACACGACCACGCACCACCUCAGUGGGAUCCAACAGUUCAGCUGGCUCCCUGUGUUCCACUAGUGGCCGGGUCUAUGUCGGUUCUCCUCCAGGCAUGGCCAUGGGCUCCUCUCCUCCAGGAGGUUUUGGGGGCGGGCAAGCUGUCCCCGGGACUGAGGGGGCACCCAGCAGCCUGCGCUAUGUUCCCUAUGGUACCUCCCCUCCCAGCUUGGAGGGAUUCAUCACAUUUGAAGCCCCUGAGCUGCCCGAGGAGACCCUCAUGGAGCGGGAGCAUACAGACACCCUGAUGCACCUAAGGAUGAUACUUUCAUUCACUGACUGUGUACUGGAGAUGGCAGCAGUGCGAGCUGGAGGGACGGAGCUUGGUGUGUCGGCCGCUUCCCUCUACCCUCCACAGGAUAGUGUGGUUGUGGACCAGAUCAGCCAGCUCAGCAAAGAGUGGGGGCAGGUGGAGCAGUUGGUGCUCUAUAUGAAGGCAGCUCAGCUCCUGGCUUCCUCCCUCCAUCUGGCUAAGGCUCAGAUUAAAUCAGCCAAGCUCAAUCCUUCCACUGCCGUCAAACAGGUGGUGAAGGGUCUGAAUGAGCGCUACAAAAGCUGCAUCUCCCUCUGUCGGCAGUUGACUGACAAACUCAACCACUUCUUCUCCGAUAAGCAGCGUUUUGUGGACGAAAUCAACAGCGUCACUGCAGAGAAGCUCAUCUAUAAUUACGCGGUGGAGAUGGUUCAGUCAGCAGCUCUGGAUGAGAUGUUCAAGCAAACAGAAGAUAUAGCGUACCGCUACAGCAAGGCUGCCAUGCUGCUGGACGGCCUAUCCAAGAUCCUUCAGGACCCCACUGACAUUGAGAACGUGGUCAAGUACAAGGCCAGCGUGGACCGCAGGAUCUCAGCCCUUUGCUACUGCACUGUCACACUCUACGAGUAGUAGCCCUCACACAAACGCACAUGCACACACACAGGGACCACAUCCUAAAACUAUUGACUUGCAUUCACAUAAAGCUGCUGUUCUCUCCUGUAGCAGUUGAAGCACUUUUCAGCACCUUGAUAGGUUUCAUCUGUAUUUAUCAUCAUACCAGUGCAUCAUGGACUGAACUGUGACAAGCAACUGAUGCACAAAUUUACAACCAAAGAUGACAAUGGAUGCAGAAACAAAAGGCUGAAACCGGAUGUGAACAUAAUGCAUGCACUUUCAAGUGCAUUUUUUUUUCUUAUGCUAUGAUGGAGGAAAACCAUUUGAUCAACAUAUAUAAAAACUAAAGUCCAUCUUUAAGGAUAUCAUUUGUUUUUUACCAGAAGAGAAAGAGGAUGGACAGGACUAUGAGACAGUGUUGUGGGCUUCAAGAGACUCCUCAUGAAGCACUUCAUGUUUUAUUUUUUUUUAAUUCUGCUUAUUAUGUAAUAUCAGUGGUAAUUUACUCUAUGUUUAAGUUGUUGUUAUUUAUUGGUUCAGAAGAACAUGGAUGUUUGAUUUUCCUGCCUAUCUUGAACCUCAAGUAUUGGCGUGGAAGGAAAUGGAAGAAUUAGCAAAAGGCUUAUGGCCGAUCACUGUAACAGAUUCACCAACAUGGAUUUUUACAUGAAACAAACUCUUGUUACAGAAAUUAGACAUGUAAGCAGUGGAACACGUAGUUUUGUAACUGCUUUGUUUUUAUGUUUCUUGUGUUAGCUCAAGCACUUUAUUGUAGAUUGAGAGGAUGAGACGUUUAUCUGUACAAGUUCUGAAGAUAAAAAUGUGAAGGCAGGGGAGGGGUUUUCUGAUCACUCCUGCUCCCACCGUUAAAACUGAUCUGCUCUGUAUGCACAAUAAACACAUCUACAGAAUGCAUACAUUUCCCACCAGGGAAACUUGGGUGGAAAACAGUGCUGUUGGUUGCAGCUCAGCUUUUUGGGGCCUAGUUUGUCUUGUUAGCUGAUUUAAAUUCCUAUAUAUAAAUGGGCAUGUCACCAAUUUUACACACAAAAAUCAGUUAAUUUGUCACAAGAAGCACUCCUCAGCCUAUGAAUUGUAAAAAAUUGCCCCUUUCCCACUGAACAAAACCCCCCAAACACCUGCUUACACCUGGCUUAUAUAUGUGAUGGGAAAGGUUACAAUCGGCAUUCAUACCCACGUCAAAUGACUGUGGCUCCAAUUGGCAGUAAUGGAAAUGCAACACCCAGGUGAACGCGCUAAUUUUAGCUACCUUUACCAGCAAGAUGCACUGACGCACAACCACAAAAUACCAUCCAUUUCUGCCCAAGCAGCGCUACAACAAGUGAGUCUGCACUGAGUUUGAAAGAGAGACUGAAUAAGUAGGAAAAGAAGUAACCACCAUAUCAGUUUCACAGGCCUCCAUGCUGCUUUCUGCUGUUUAUUAACCUGUCUUCUGGCCAGCUGUAACAUCAGACGUGACACACCAGUGACAAACAAACUAAAAGAAAAACACGCAGAAAGGCAUACUGGUCUGCAGCAGAGCAGUGUACACAGCACUGUUCUACUGGCAAUGGGGAAGACAUCAAUACGCUAUUUUAAGUGGGUUUUCCCGAGAUUUUGACCUAGAUGAUGUCAUGAGAGUUAUCUUGACUGGGCCUGGAGACUUCAGCUUUUUUAACAGAUAAUGUAAAAGUAUAAAGUGUUGUAAACUGGUGGUGUGGAGUUGGAAAUGGAGGCAUUACCAAGCAAGGAGGGUCUAAUGGCAGAUGGUAUCGGGUUGCAUUAUAGGAUAUGUAGGAUACUUAGGGAUCUUGACCCAUAUUAGUUGUUCUCCAACUUAAUGGAAGUGUAAUGCUAAAUCAGUUAAAAUAUCCCUUUAACUCCAGAUACAGUAAAUAUGUCUGACAUAAGGAAAAGUGGGCUACAGUUUGAAUGCAGCAUUUUAAGGUUUCCCUGUUCUUUACUAUUCAAACCAACAUCAUUCUUUAAAAUACUGUAGUUUGAUAAAUGACGUAUACAUACUGGGCUGAGGAGCUUUGAUUACCUUUUAUUAUUUUUACCACUUUAAACCCUGAUGGACUCAAGUGUGAAACUGAAUGGUCAUAUUACUUGACAAGUUACCAUAAUAAGUUUCAUUUUACUAUAAUACUACAGCUUUUUAUGUUCUGUCAGUAUCUGUAGCUAAUUUUUUAACAAAACUUGAUGUUUGCAAACUUGUAUAUAUUUGUAUGUGGUGCAUGUGAUGAUUCCUUUCCCCUCUUUUUGGGAGGGAGGUGCGUGCAUGUUUGAGUUUUGAGGGCAUUGAUGCUAGCAUCAGGUGGCCUGCUUGUCAGUGAAAGAGCACAAAUCUUUAUAUGUACAUAGUUGAAUUUGAUACAUUUUAUUCAUGUAUGCCAAGGGUUUGAUAAAGAAACCUCUUUUGGCACAACAGGGGUGUGCCAAAGAAUAAAGCAAAACUUGUGGCAGCUCCAAAACUUUCCAGAGAACUCUUUCUACCAGGAUUGUUCAUUAUUAGGAUCAAGACUCAUAUUUCUUCAGUGGGUCUUAUGAAAUAUUCUGAAAUGAGUGUGAUGUCUUUAGAUUUCAUACUUGUUUUCCAAAAUGUUUUGAUUUGUCACAAUCUGCACUGCCCAACAUCCACUCUGUCCCUUCUGCCUCCCCUCAAUCGUCUGCUGUGCUCCCAACAGUGUAUGUACUGUAUGUAUGAGUGUAUAUAAACACACAUGCACUUGCCAGGUGUGCAUUACGGCCAGUAGUAUACAGUUAACGUUGGAAAAGGAGAUGCCUUCUUGUGAAAGCACACAAAGGCGUACUCCUCUGUACAGGUGUGAAUACAUUAUUUUUCUGUGUAAAAAUGUGUAUAAAUGCAUUCACAGGCACCCAGUGGUCUCUGGGCCUGUUUCUGUAAUGUAUUGUUUUUUUGUUUUGUUUUUUAAACAUAUCGGGUUUCUGUUUCUCUCGUCCUUGUCAUGAGCACUCUGAACCACACAAGCCUUUUACCAUUACCAGAGUGCAGAGUGACAAAUAAAGCUGAUGGAAACCCACCUGAGUUUUGCUCUCAACUAUUUUGUCCAUGGACUGUGUUUAGAUGAAGCAUGGGUACAAAGUCUGCAUUUUUACCCCGUAGAACCUCUAGAAUCUUGAAUGUAUGUACCGUUGUUUUGCGCCUCCCCAGCUUGAUCUGAAUGCAUUCUGAAAAAAUCUGCUGUCAGACUCAUGACCCAGAAAAUGCAAUCCUUUCCAAGCACCAAUUUUUCAAAGAGAAAUGUUAAUGUUAUACUUGUGCCCCUCAACAAGGGGUGUCUGUCUUUGUUAAUAAAAACAAACAAAAAUGAAA